UAAUUUAUGGUGAGUCGCAUAAGGAAUCUUUUCGCAAGGUAAGUGCAUGUGUGCUCCGUUGGUCAGUGGAAUCUCAGCUCUCUCUCAACAUGGCCAUUCCUCUGUCGUUCCUUCAUUUUUUACUUUUUCUUUUGUCUUUCUUUAACAGCCGUCCGUCGACUUGAGUUUAGAGAGAGGGUGAGGAGGAGGAGGAGGGAUGGAGUUCUCCGGCGAUCGGUUCGAUGUCGUCGUCGUCGGUGCCGGGAUCAUGGGGAGCUGCACGGCCUAUGAGGUGGCGAAGCGCGGCGAAAAGGUGCUCCUCCUCGAGAAAUUCGACUUCCUGCACCACCUUGGCUCGUCCCAUGGCGAGUCCCGGACGAUCCGAGCCACCUACCCCGAAGACUACUACGCCUCGAUGGCGCUCGAAUCCUACCGUCUCUGGGAAGAGGCAGAGUCAGAGAUCGGCUACCGCGUCCUCACCAAGACCCCGCAUCUCGACAUUGGCCCUGCGGCCAACAAGAGCCUCCAGUGCUUGAUCGCCAACUGCGAGCCGAAUUCGAUCCACGCUCAUCUUCUCGAUCGAAGCCGGCUUCGCGACAUGUUCUCCGGCGCGUUCCAAUUGCCCGAGCAGUGGAUCGGAGUGGCGACCGACGCCGGUGGCGUCAUCAAGCCGACGAAGGCGGUCGCCAUGUUCCAAGCGUCGGCCAUCCGAAGAGGAGCCGUUCUCAGAGACCGCAUGGAGGUGACGGACAUCAAGAGAGACGAGGAAGGAGGCGGCAUCUGGGUUUCAGCAGCCACCGGCGAUCGCUUCUGGGGGAGGAAGUGUGUCGUCACCGUUGGAGCCUGGAUGAAGAAGUUAGUUAAAGCAGUUAGCGGUCUCGUCCUUCCCAUCCAGCCUCUCCACACAACCGUUUGUUACUGGAAGAUCAAAGCCGGACAUGAGAAGGAAUUCUCGCCGGAGGCCGGAUUUCCGACGUUCGCGAGCUACGGCGAGCCGUACAUCUACGGCACGCCAUCUUUGGAGUUCCCCGGGCUGAUCAAGAUUGCGAUGCACGGGGGCUACCCUUGCGACCCCGACCGGAGGGACUGGGCGUCGGGCUUCGGCGCGCCGGUGGACUCGGUCAUCCCGUGGAUCGAACGGGUGCUGCAGGGGCGUGUCGAGGCCGGAAAGCCCGUCGUGGAGCAGGCUUGCAUGUACUCGAUGACCCCCGACGGGGAUUUCAUCAUCGACUUCCUCGGCGGGGAGUUCGGCAAGGACGUGGUGGUCGCCGGAGGGUUCUCCGGUCAUGGGUUCAAGAUGGGUCCUGCGGUGGGGAGGAUUCUGGCGGAGCUGGCCAUCCAUGGAGAGGCUGCAGGAUUUGACCUGAAACACUUCAGGCUGAGGAGGUUUGGGGAGGACCCAAAGGGGAAUGCCAAGGAGUUUGAGGACCAAGUAUCCUACCCAAACCAUGAAUGAAUGAGCUUCCUUCUAUCCAUUUCUUAGCCCCCUGCUCUCCAUCUUCUCAUGCCAAUUGAUCGGUGUAAUCUUUAACUGUUUAGAAUCAUGUGUUCUUGGCUUAUUGCUCUCAUAUCAUCAUGGAUUAAAUUAAAAACAAAAUUGUAAACCCACUGGGAGAUUGAAGGUUAAUUAAGCUACAGUGUUUUUUUGGCUUCUAAA